AUGCUAUUGUUCGUGAUACUUGGUUCUCUUGUACACGAGAUGCUUCAUAUUUUAAGUAUCUCGUUACCAACCUUCAAAAUUGUCAAAGAAGUCUUUAGCGGUGGUUGGUUAGGAGAACUCGGAAAAAGGGCCUACUUCGUGGACAUCUAUAUAGGAGACCAAGCCAAGCCAUUUGAGCUUCACGUUGAUACUGGUAGUAGCCUCACUUGGGUCAAGUGUGUAGAACCUUUUGAGAAUUACGCUCAGCACAACUACUUAUGUGCUGAUCAAAGCCCUAGGAAGGUCUAUACAAGCCGCCAAAACAUAGCAUUGUGCAAUGUCAGGAUCCCUUAUUCAAUGACCAUUUUCAUCUGUGACUUUUCAAUGGCUCUAUCAUUCGUUCACUUUUGGUGUGGAUACAAACAAACGGGAGCUUUUGAUGGGGCUGGAAUCUUUGGUCUAAGUAGGGGUCCGCUUGGCUUCUCGUCACAAAUACAUUCACAGGGUCUAACACAACAAGUGACUAGUCACUGUUUAAGUAGUAGAGGAGGUGGCUUUUUGUUCAUUGGAGACGAUCUUGUUCCUCCUUCAGGGAUCUCUUGGACGCCUAUCACAAUCAAAAGUAAUCAUGGACAGGACUACGGAUCAGGACCAGUGGAGCUCUUGUUUAAUGGAAGUUCAACUCAAGUAAGAGGACUUCAAUUCGUUUUUGAUAGUGGAUCCGACUUAUCCUACUUAAACCACCCUCCCUACCAGGACACACUUGAUUGGAUUAGCGAUGCCCUGAAAAGAACACCAUUGAUUCGUACACAACCGAUGGGAAUCUUUCCUAUUUGUUGGAAACACAAUAAAAUUCCUAUUAGAUCCUUUGAUGAUGUUAAAAACUACUUCAAGAGCCUGACCUUGAACUUCACAAAUGUACCAAACAUUAAGCUGAAUUUACCAGUCCAUGCUUAUCUCAUACAUGUUGGGGUAAACUUGUGCUUGGCUAUUUUAGAUUGUGGCCAAGUAGAUGUAGAAAAUCCGAAUGUAAUUGGAGUCUUUUCGAUGCAAGACAAGUUGAUGAUCUAUGAUAAUGUUAACCAUCGCAUUGGAUGGGCUUCUAGGAACUGCAACAUGCCCGCAUGGCGUUAA